AUGAGUGAUUUCGUGUACAGAAUCAGCGUAGCUGCGGAGUGGGAGGAAUUGCAGAGAAAUGGUUCCACUUUCGGUAGGGAACUUGACAAGUCUUCUCGAUUCAUCCAUCUUAGCAAACUCCAUCAGGUUCGGUCAACUCUGGAUCGUUUUUUCUUGAAUUGUAAAGAUGAACUCUACCUGCUUCAGAUAGAUGCUAACAAGCUUGGCGAUGGUUUGGUGUAUGAAAUUGUUGACGGUUCAAAUAGCUUCCCUCAUUUUUACGGCCCAUCACGAAGCUUCAUCCCUCUUCCUCUAGACGCGGUCACAAAAGCGGAGAAGCUAUCCCUCUCAAAUGGUCGGUUCAGCUGUAGUUUGCUUGAUUAA